AUGUCCCCAUUGCGGAUCCGACCACCAAUUACCAUCAUCUGGCGGCCUGCCUUAAACUCGCAAAAUACCAAAUUAUUAUGUGAUCUAUGCACAGGAGAUAAUAUUGCUUCAUGUAGGUGUUCUCAAUGUGCGUUGAGUUUAUGUAAAAAUUGUGCCGAAAAUCAUUUAAAACAUAAAACCAAUUUAAAUCACGAAGUUUUAAGAUUAGAAGAUGCGAGAAAAAAAGGUAUAACUACUGUGAGAAGACAAGUUAUGUGUCCGAAUCAUAAAGAUAUUGAAUUAUCCAUUUUUUGUUCAACUUGUUGUCAGUCUUCGUUUACAUUGAAACCACUAAUAAUACCAAACAUUCACUUCCUCAAAUCGUUAUUGCUUCCCGAGUAUCCGUUUCCGCUUUGCAAAAAUAAACUUUACACAUUUCGAGAUGAGCCACAUGGCCAACAAAAUGGGUUUAAAGUGUUAAACUACAAAGACAUAAAUUAUAAUCUAAACUAUUUUAAGGUUACUUGUCGAGAAUGUUUUACGAUGAAUCAUAAAGGACAUAUAAACGAAUCGAUUACAAGAGCGGCAAAGAUAUACGCUUCAAACAUAAAAAUGGCAUUGGGAAAAACUAGAACGAUAGCUGAAAGAUCUUCGGGAACUUCGUUUAAAUUACAGGCGACUUCGCAAAGAAUCGAAAAUCAUUGUAAUCAAGUUCAGGGGGAUAUCGAUAAGUUUAUUGAGGCUUAUAUUAACGCGAUCGAACAACAUCGGAGAAAGCUUCAUCAAGAAGUUCAGAUUGCGAAGAUUGAGAAAGUUCAUAAAGUUGACGUUCAAUUAAAUGAUUUGCAAAGGCAGUUACAUUUGGCGAAAGAAAUUUUAGCGUUUGCUGAUGAUUUAUUUAGAGAAAGUAACGAAGUUGAAUUUUUAACUUUAGUUAAACCGAUUUUGAGAAGAUUAGAAGUUUGUAAUCAAAUUCACAUUCCUGAGUUACCCAUUUCAGAAAGUUUACAAUUUUUACCAGAAGAAGCUUCGCAAGAAUCAUGGAAUUCUUGUCCUUUAUACGGAGUUGUUACAACGCAAAUUGUUUCACCAUCACAUUGUUCUCUUCUUCCAGAAGGUCUACAAAACCUUCGAGUUGGAAAAAAAGCCGAAAUUUUACUGGAGCUUUAUGAUAAAACCAAUACAGCGCUUCAACGCGGUGGCGAAGUUGUUUAUGGAGAGGUGAAAUAUAAGGAACCCGGUUCAACGAAAACUAUUAAUAUGCAAAUUGAAGAUAAGAAAAAUGGAACUUAUAAAUUAAGUUUUAUUCCUGAUGUUCCAGGGAAAUAUUUUUUAUCUGUAACAGUUAAAGGACAGCCAAUAAAAGACAACCCAACAAUAAUAAUUGUUAGGCCAUUUAGGCCUCAUUAUGGCACAUAUCAUUGUUGUAGUUUUUGCUCUAGCGGUGGAUUAAAGGAUGCUAUGUGUGGGUGUGGUGGUAAAAUGCCUGGUGGUUAUAAAGGAUGUGGUCAUGGUCAUGAAGGGCACCCAGGAAGGCGACAUUGGUCUUGUUGUGGAAGCACUUUAGAACAUUCAGAAUGUCAAAAGCGGAGUUCCACGCAUUAUCAAUUUACGUUAUAA